CCUUCUGGUCACGUGACUCCGGUGGCGGGCUCUUCCGAACCCGCUCAACGGUAACGGGAGGGCCCGGUUCAACGCCGUGGGUGGGGUUGUGCCGAGUGCCCGGAGCGAUGGCGAUGCUGGAAGCCACCGCAGACACGUCAGCAGAGGAGGAGAGCUUUGGGCCACAGCUCAUAGCUCGCUUAGAGCAAUGUGGUAUAAAUGCAAAUGACGUGAAGAAAUUGGAAGAAGCUGGAUUUCACACCGUUGAGGCUGUUGCUUAUGCACCCAAGAAGGAGCUACUAAAUAUUAAAGGCAUCAGUGAAGCCAAAGCUGACAAAAUCUUGGCUGAAGCAGCUAAACUGGUUCCCAUGGGUUUCACCACCGCGACGGAGUUCCACCAGCGAAGGUCAGAGAUCAUCCAGAUCACCACUGGCUCCAAAGAACUCGAUAAGCUUCUGCAAGGAGGAAUAGAAACGGGGUCUAUAACAGAGCUGUUCGGGGAGUUCCGUACUGGAAAAACACAGUUGUGUCACACCCUGGCAGUGACCUGUCAACUCCCCAUUGACCGCGGCGGUGGAGAGGGAAAAGCGAUGUACAUUGACACAGAGGGGACCUUCCGCCCCGAGCGUCUGCUGGCUGUGGCUGAAAGGUAUGGCCUGUCUGGCAGCGAUGUCCUGGAUAACGUGGCGUACGCCCGGGGCUUUAACACGGACCAUCAGACCCAGCUGCUGUACCAGGCCUCGGCCAUGAUGGCUGAAUCCCGGUAUGCCCUGCUGAUCGUGGACAGUGCCACGGCCCUGUACCGCACGGAUUACUCGGGCAGAGGCGAGCUCUCGGCCAGGCAGAUGCACCUGGCCAGGUUCCUGCGAAUGCUGCUUCGGCUGGCGGACGAGUUCGGGGUGGCGGUGGUGAUCACCAACCAAGUGGUGGCCCAGGUGGACGGAGCAGCCAUGUUCGCUGCCGAUCCCAAAAAACCCAUCGGAGGAAACAUCAUCGCGCACGCGUCCACCACCAGACUGUAUCUGCGAAAAGGCCGAGGCGAAACCCGAAUCUGUAAAAUCUACGACUCCCCUUGCCUCCCUGAGGCCGAGGCCAUGUUUGCCAUCAACGCUGACGGCGUGGGCGAUGCCAAGGACUGACGCUGCCUUCUGUCCCCCCCACAAUCUCAGGGUCCCCAAAGGACUCCUCUCUGUGGUGCCUCAGGGACGCUGCCCCCGCGCAGCUGCUGCUCGGACGCUGUAUCUCGGCGCACAAUCCAUCAGGUGAACACACGUUGGGCCCCCUCCCAAGGUGCUGCGUGGGAGAGCUCUGCCCUCGUGGCCUUCAGGGUUCUUGAGAAGGUUUCCCAGGACCAUGGCUUUUGUCUUCUCCUCACGGCUGCCUCUCCAGCUGGACUCCACCGGUGGACGUAGCGUGGAAAUCUAAGAGGAUGUGGCCAUAGUUCGUAGCUCGGGGAAACUGGAGCAUUGAUGGGUUUGUCAAAUAAGAAAAGUGGUGACUUAAAUACCUAAUGGAUUGCUUUAAUUAUAAAAUACAGCAGAAUGGCAUUCCACGGUAAGAAUUUGAGGCCAUUGCUGGGAUUGAUGAUGAUCACAAUCCAGAGUCUUUAUGUUAAUUCUGGUUUGGAUUCUGCGACACGCUAGUUUUUGGGAACUGUUCAUUCACACUUCAAUUACAUUUUUUUUGUAUUUCAUUAUUUCUCUGUGGAAAUCUGCUUUUAAUAAAAAGGACCAUGAAAAUCCUGAGGACAUCACAGGUCUCUGGGAUUCAGCCAGGCCUUCAUUCAGACUGAGGCAUUUUUUUUAUCUGCAGGUAGGAAGAAGAUGCAAACACCUUCCAUGGAUCUCAGUCUGGGCUUCUUUUUUCUCCUGAUUCUAACAAAAUGCAUCAUCUCCUCCUUGAUUUGAGAUGUGCCGCGCAACCGUGCUCUGAGUGCCCUGUAGAUGGCUUUUAAGGGUUCUUGAGGUUAAAAAGGUUCUUUUAUAUUGUGCAGUGCUUCUCUAUAAGCUGUGCUAUUGUGAGCUACACUAAACUUGAUUAAAGAGAAUAAUAUCACA